CAUUUGUAGACAUAAAAUCAAGACACAGAAGACAUCCUGAAACCAGAGUAGACACAAGAGCAUGGGGAUUCAUUUGUGGAAUGUUGUGUGUGUUGUGUUUGCUGUACUCCUUAAUUCUACAGGCUCACUCGCACAGCAGGGUGUUUGUGGUCAGCCUCCACUGAACAGCAAGAUUGUGGGUGGUGCAGAUGCCUCUCCUGGAUUCUGGCCUUGGCAGGUCAGCUUUCAAUCAGGUGGCAGCCAUUUCUGUGGUGGCAGUCUGAUCAGUGCGGACUGGGUCUUAUCAGCUGCUCACUGUUUUCAAAGUAUUACUGCAUCUAAAGUCCAAGUCCUGCUAGGACUGGCAAAUGUGCAGGGGACUAAACCUAAUAUGCAGCAGAGAAACGCUAGUAAAAUUAUCAACCACGAAGGCUAUAACUAUAACAUUACCCUUUACAAUGACAUUGCACUGGUCCAACUCUCCUCUUCAGUGACAUUCAAUAAUUAUGUCCUACCGGUGUGCCUCGCAGCAAGCAAAAGUUCUUUUCCUGGAGGUACUGCAGUCUGGAUCACAGGAUAUGGUCAAGUUGCUUCUAAUGUGAGUCUGCCGUACCCUCAAACCCUGCAGGAGGUUCAGGUGCCUAUUGUCAGUAACAGUGACUGUGCAAAGGUAUAUGGAUCUAAUGUUAUCUUAGACAAUAUGAUAUGUGCUGGCAUAACUCAGGGAGGAAAAGACUCAUGCCAGGGUGAUGAUGGAGGUCCACUGGUGGUCAAGCAAAACACAACUUGGGUUCAGGCUGGGAUUGUGAGCUUUGGCAAUGGCUGUGCUAAACCUAAUUCCCCAAGUGUGUACACCAGAGUGUCUCAGUACCAAGACUGGAUCAACAGCAAGAUCAGCAGCAAAAAACCUGAAUUUGUUUUAUCAAACAACAGUCAUGGCUCCCCCAAACUUUUCUGUCUGUUCCUUUCUUUUCCUAUCAUCCCCUUCCUUCCUUUCCUCUCUAUCUUAUAGAGAUGUCAGUCAAAUUUAACACACAAGCACAAAUGAAAGGAGUAAACUUACAUUACUGUAUAUUAUUUAUUAUAGUUUAUCUGUUAUAUUAUCUUCUUACAGAAUCUCCACAUUUAACUUUUACUUGAGUACAUAACAUUCUUUACUGCAGUACAUUUUAAAAAGGGACAGUUGAACUGUAUGUGAAUCAAAGAAGUAAAACCUAAAAUCAAGUAACUUUAAAGUCAAGUAUAAAGAGCAUCUAACAGAAAGGUAGCUAAACUUAUUGUAUGCUAGACAUUUUAUCUGUCCUACAUAAGAGCAAUACAUUGCUAACAUUUACCAAAUUUACCUUAAGUACUUACUUUGAGUAAAUCAGCAUUUUUCUAUAGUAUAUGAAGUCCAUACACAUAUGGCAAAUUAAAAGAUAACAAAUAAAAACAAAACUAACAAAGUGUCUUAUUAUUGGAGCACCAUGACCCAAUAUCAGUACACCAUGGGAAAGAUUCUACAUGUUGCUGGACUCCACUGGGGGGAAGAACAUCAUUCUUUCAUCUGCUAAUAUGGUUUAAUAAUGGUGUU